GUGCUUGGAGAGCGUGACCUGUAAGGGACAGGGGGACUGGGGUUUUUUAGAGAAGAGAAAGGGAAGCUUCACACCUGUUAGCACCUGCACAUAUCUCCCAGGUCUGUCCUGCUACAAGGGAAGUUCAGCCUUUCCCACCUUCCUCCCUGUAGAUGAGAAGUAAGGGAGCCUUAGUGAAGAUACUGGAGAGGAAACUCCUCAACAGCAGAUCUGGUGGCACAGGGGCAGUUUUUGUGAGGAGCUGUCUGAGCCUCUGCAGAGCAGAGGGGGAAGGUGUCAGAGCAAGAGGUGUAGCUCAUUUGACCUGGAUCUUCAGGUAUACUUGAUCUGCCCUGAGAGGGGUGGGGGUAUGGCUUAGCUGCCCACUUGAGCUGCCUUUUAGCCCUCAGGAUUUAAGAAAUACCAUAGUAAUUGCUCCAUAAUGUUCUAAAGCCUGGAUUUGGCUGGCAGCCUCGCUUGGCACUCUUCAUAUAACUUGAUCUUUUAAACAAACCUCCAAAUGUCACAAGCAAGCACAUGAAGCAAGGCUGGCUGUCUCCUUGCUUGCUCUGCAGAGCCCAAGGUAAGCUGUAAGCUGCAAAAUAAGCCUGGAAGUGGGCAAAAACUCCAGUCCAUCUUGGCUCCUGGAAAGAGGGUAAGGCCUGAAGAGUCCUGUGUAGCUUGUAGUGGCUUUGUUGUUUAUCCUAAAAGGUGUGUAGUUGUUCAUGGCUUGGUCAAUUCUCCUGUUUUGCUUUCUCUGAGCUGGGUGAGACUGGGGAUGGAGACCCAGCUUCAGCUGCAGAGGGACACUGAGGUGGCCAGAGCUGCCCUUCCCUCACCGUGUCACUCCAGACAGCUGGGCAGGUGCUGGCUAAGUCCCAACAAAUGGUCCUCCUUGGUGUGCUGUGCUGCAGCUGACACAGUGACUUGCCUGGUGAAUCAUAAGUGAAUGCUGCUGAGAGCUGAGCUUUUCGCAGACACCACAGCAUUAGCCCUGCUCCUUGGACAAGCUCCAGCUUGGGCAAUUCCAUUCGGACGCUUUAAAUGCUCCCUGCCGCCUUUGCAGGCACAAGGCUCUGCUCUUCUGCCUGCGAGCUCUUGGAGACGCGUUGGGGACUGUAAAACAGCUGCUACUUUCACUCUGUGGCUGUUUUCUUGCUGGGCUGUCUCUAGAGCCUGACUGCAGGACUCUGAAAGAGGCUCUGUUAACGCCAGGCGGGGCUGCUGAGCUGUCAUGGGGAACACCACCAGCGAGCGGGUGUCCGGGGAGCGCCAUGGCUCCAAGUCCCACCGCUCGGACGGCUCCGGUGCCUCCCACCCCGCCAAGGAGCACCCGCACAAGAUCAUGGUGGGCAGCACUGACGACCCCAGCGUUUUCAGCUCCCAUGACUCCAAGAUUCCUGGGGACAAGGAGUUUGUGUCGUGGCAGCCAGAUCUGGAGGAGUCAGUGAAACCAUCCCAACAGGCUCGUCCGACUGUCAUACGCUGGGCUGAUGGAGGCAAGGAGGUCUUCAUCUCUGGAUCCUUCAACAACUGGAGCACCAAGAUCCCACUCAUAAAGAGCCACAAUGACUUUGUUGCUAUCCUGGACCUUCCAGAAGGAGAGCACCAAUACAAAUUUUUUGUGGAUGGCCAGUGGGUCCAUGAUCCAUCUGAGCCUGUGGUUACCAGCCAGAUGGGGACAAUAAACAACCUCAUCCACGUCAAGAAGUCUGACUUUGAGGUGUUUGAUGCGUUGAAGGUGGAUUCCCUGGAAAGCUCAGAAACCUCAGGUCGGGAUUUAUCCAGCUCCCCACCAGGGCCUUAUGGCCAGGAGAUGUACGUAUACCGGCCCGAGGAGCGCUUCAAAUCCCCACCCAUCCUCCCACCUCACCUCCUCCAGGUCAUCCUCAACAAGGACACCAAUAUCUCGUGUGACCCAGCACUGCUGCCCGAGCCCAACCACGUCAUGCUCAAUCACCUCUAUGCGCUCUCCAUCAAGGAUGGCGUGAUGGUGCUCAGUGCCACGCACCGCUACAAGAAGAAGUACGUCACCACGCUGCUGUACAAGCCCAUCUGAGCUGGGGCCUCACGCGCUCCCCACGCAGGACACGAAAUGCCGCUUGUCUGCACACACUGGGCCACGGGACUGUGUGACAGCUAGCCACUGGCUCCGGCCUCCAGCCUGGCAGGGACACGGGCCCCAGCAACAAGCUCAGGGCCACUGGGGCCUGUGACGCUGUCCCAUCCUACCGGCGUGGUUCAGCUCUUGGUUUCCACCCACCUGCAGCUUCCCUUGGCUUCUGUGAGUCUCUGGGACCACUUUGCUGCUCACCAGAACAGCCCUUUCUCAUGCCCAACAUGAAAAGGGUUUCACCCUGCCUGUCUUCUCCAGCCUUUGAGGGCCUCAAGGUGGUCCUGGCACUGCACCCAGUCCAGGCUCCAGGAACACAUCCUGUUCUGAAGGUUGUGCUGCUGUCCUGGUGCUGAAUCUCCAAGGCCAUGUUGUCUGCUAGGGGCUCUGUGACACUCCAGCCUGACACCUCCCCCCUGUUCCACAGCCCUGGCUGUGGGGCUGCCCCCCAGCUUUUUUGAACCUCUGCGAGGUUCAGCGUCGAGCCAGCAUGAUGGACAGUACAGCUGGACACAGCCACUCUUACCUGCUGCUGUGAGAGCACCAUCAAGGACUGCAGCACCCUGUUCCCAAUAUCAGCUGCUUCUGUGGGAUAGGGCUCACUUUGUCACAGCCACAGGCCACCAGCACAUGCCCAUGCUGGAGGAGCCUGGGAAGAGCAGAGCCGGGCAGGCACUCCAGGACCCCGGCUGCACCGCCUGCUGCCGCAGCAGUGCAAUGGGACAGGGGGUUCUCUAUUUAUUACAGUAUUUAUUGUUCUCGGUG